AUGCAACAAAAUAAGGUCUGGAGAAAGAUUGAUUAUGAUAUUCGAGAAAAGCCUAUUCUUUAGUUCAAAUUUCAAAAAGUAGGCAGGAAAUCAAAUGAACUUUAUAUUGGAUGUUUUUAUGAAUAUCUGAUAAAAUAUAAAGUAAUACAUUUAAAUGGAUUAUAGGAUCCAUUCUAUACCAUCCCAUAUAAAUUAUUUGAUUUAGAAUUCACCAGCAAAUUCGAAGUCAUAAGAACUCCUUCAAAAUUAAAACAAGAGAAACAUCAUACCAAAGUUAGAGGUGAAGAGAUCUUAGAAUUAGGGGAAAUUGUAGCCAUUCGUUUGAUUAUUGAAAACAUUGAUAAACCCUAUGAAAUUCAGGGAAAAACUGAAUAAAUGCAUCAAUUAAGAAGCUUUUUAGGCAACAAAAUCAAUUAAAUUGGAUUUCACAAUUUAUUUCGUGUUUAUAAAAAAAUUGGGAGAGGAAAUUUUGCAUCUGUCUAUUUGGCUGAAAGAAUUGAGGAUAAUUUAAGAAUGGCAGUAAAGGCGUUUUCGAAAUAAAUUGUUUAUAAUGAGGAAAAGGGAAGAGUAAAAUUACUGUUCUACUUUUUAGGAAGGAUUAAUAAAUGAAAUAUAAAUCAUGAGAGAACUAGAGCAUCCUAAUUUAAUGAGAUUGUACGAAGUAUACGAAACCAAAAAUUCAAUCUAUAUGGGUCUAGAGUUACUAGAGGGAGAUCAACUAUUCGAAUAUUUAAAGAAGAAAAUCUAAUUUACAGAGAAGCAAGUUCAAAGUAUAAUGGUUGGUUUGCUAAUGGGACUCAAGCAUAUGCAUUAAAAGGGGAUUAUGCAUAGAGAUUUGAAAUUAGAGAACAUUCUUUUUAAAUAAUAAGGGUAUUGAUUAAGGAUAUAUAUAGUAACUUUAACUCGGUAGUUAUUGCUGAUUUCGGAUUGGCCACUCAUGUUAAUAAGAAACCAUAUUUAUAUUAAAAAUGCGGCACUCCUGGAUUUGUUGCUCCAGAAAUAAUCAAUCUUAAAAAUAUGUACUAACCUUAUGAUUCAGUCUGCGAUAUUUAUUCAAUGGGAGUGGUCUUUUAUAUCUUGUAAUCUUCUUGUUUUUAUUAAUAGAUUGACCGGAAGGCCAGCCUUUACUGGGAAGACUUAUAAUACUAUUGUUAAAUAAAAUAAGGAGGCUAAUGUUAAUUUUGAUUCUCCGUAUUUCCAAAAUACUCCUAAGGAAGUCUAAAGUCUCAUUUUUCAAAUGCUUUAAAAAGAUCCUUUAUCAAGAAUCAAAAGCAAUGAGGCUUUGUUGCAUCCAUAUUUGUAAAGUGCUUUGUUUGAUGAUGAUGAGGCACAUAUUUCCACCGACGAUGAUCCUAAUCUAAUGGAGAGAAUAUAAAUUCUAAAUAAACAGUUAAUAUCUCAUUCUUAUAAUUACUUAGAACAGAAAAGGUAGACUUUACUAGAAUCAAAAGAUAAAAUAGUUAGAAUAUUAAAGAAUUAAGACUAUAAGCCACUUAAGAAUUAAAAUAAAAUCAAUCCUCAGAUGAGGAACUUAAAAUAAUCAUGAGAACACCAGUAAUCACAGGAAGAAUUAAUUCUAUUGAAAGUAAUACAUAAUUAAAUAAAUAGAUUCUCCUAUGCUAAAAUGUAUUUCCCCCUUUUAAAGUACUGGUGGUUAUGACGAAAUUGUACAUGAUUAAAUAAUUUUGUAAAGAUAUUCUGGGAAAACACUAAAUAUUUGA